AGAACAGGAGGAUCGUGCCGCAUCUGCACUCAGCAUGGGCUGGGCAUUCUUUUUGGCAGGUUUCACCAUCUUGCUGUUUUUUCACUGCAGCUCCGCUUUCAAACUGGUAUGCUAUUUUUCCAACUGGGCUCAGUACAGGCAAGACAAAGGGCGGUUCCUCCCUACGGACAUUGAUCCCACUCUGUGCACUCAUCUCAUUUAUGCAUUUGCGGGAAUGGAGAACAACGAGAUCAAAACAGUGGAAUGGAAUGAUAAGGAGCUGUACCAGCAGUUCAAUGAUCUCAAGAAAAAGAAUCCAGCACUGAAGACACUUUUAGCCAUUGGAGGAUGGAAUUUUGGUAGUACAAAGUUCUCUGCCAUGGUGGCUGCUCCUGCCAAUCGAAAGACCUUUAUUCUCUCUGUAAUUUCAUUCCUGCGCAAGUAUAAUUUCAAUGGCCUAGACCUUGAUUGGGAGUACCCUGGAGCCAGAGGCAGCCCAGCAGAGGAUAAAGUGCGCUUCACUUCUUUGAUUCAGGAAAUGGUGAAUGAAUUCCAGGCAGAAGCCCAGCGGACAGGAAACGAAAAGUUGUUGUUGACAGCUGCUGUGGCAGCUGGGAAGGAAACCAUUGACAAAGGCUAUGAGGUUGACAAGAUCUCACAGUUACUGGAUUUUAUUAAUCUCAUGACAUAUGACUUCCAUGGAUCUUGGGAAAAGUUUACCGGACAUGUCAGUCCUCUGUACCCAGACACGGACAACACUGUGAAGUACUGGAAGAGCAAGGGAGCACCGGCUGAAAAGAUCAUCCUUGGAAUCCCUGCCUAUGGGCGAACCUUCACCCUUUCUUCCUCACAAACUGGGGUUAAUGCACCAGCCUCAGGGCCUGGGACAGCUGGACAGUACACAAAGGAGGCGGGAUUCUUGGCUUAUUAUGAGAUCUGUGACUUUAAAAAGGGGGCUACUACAGUAAUGAUCCCAGAGCAGAAGGUUCCAUAUUCUUUCAAGGGAAACCAGUGGGUAGGAUACGAUGAUGUGGACAGCGUUAAAAAUAAGGUCAAAUAUUUGAAGCAAAACAACCUGGGAGGUGGAAUGGUGUGGGCCAUAGAUCUUGAUGACUUCAAGAAUGCUUUCUGUGGUCAAGGAGCAUACCCACUUCUUCAGGCAAUGAAGAGAGAGCUGGGCUCCACAGGCCUAACUCCAUCCUUCAGACCUCCAAUUCCAGCAGAAACUUCAAACUCUCAUCCACCACAGACUGUUCCUCCGGCACCAAACAGCUUUUGUCUGGACAAGGCUGAUGGACUCUACGCCAAUUUGCAAGACACCACAAUGUUCUAUUCAUGUGCUAACAAGCUUACUUUCAACAUGCAUUGCCCUGCAAGGCUAACUUUCAACAAUCAGUGCAAAUGUUGCGAUUUUCCUCAAUGAAGCCCUUCCCAUGCAGAUGGACUCCAAAGAUGAACACAUUCCUAGGGUGACCAUAUGAAAAGGACGACAAGUUUCCUAUAUCUUUAACAGUAGUAUUGCAAAGGGAAUUUCAGCAGGCGGCAUUUGUAUGCAUGGUGAAUUUCCCUCUUUAUCACAACCGUUAAAGCUGCAGGAGCUCUGUCCUCUUUUCCAUAUGGUCACCCUACACAUUCCAUUUUAACCAGAGCUAAUGUCAUUGUCUAUAUAUAAAACUAUUCAUAUCUCCAAUGAAUUCAUCCACACAUUUCUCCAACUCCUAAUAAACGAAGUGAUGUUAUCCAUUGAUAUUUUACACCGGAAUACAAACAAUCAAGGUAUUAGCACAGCCUUGCCCCAACCUAGCACCAUGCAGUUGUUUUUGACUAUAGCUCUCAUCAGCCCCAACCAUGGGAUUUGUAGUCUAAAACAUCUAGAUAGCAUCUUGUUGGGGAAGACUAUAUUAGCACUUCAUAGUAGUUUUCUUAGAACAAUAUGUGUUCUUACUCCUUCUGUCCUUGCUUCCUACAAUUGUUUUUAAAUAUGUAUCAGAAAUAAAUGCAUUUCAAAUCACA